AUGCCGCCCAAAUUCGACCCUAACGAAGUUAAAAUCGUGAACUUAAGAUGUAUUGGAGGAGAAGUUGGAGCUACAUCAUCGUUAGCUCCUAAGAUCGGUCCUCUUGGUCUCUCCCCAAAAAAAGUGGGGGAUGACAUAGCAAAGGCAACUAGUGACUGGAAAGGACUAAAGAUUACUGUGCAGUUGGUAGUACAAAACAGACAAGCACAGAUCUCUGUUGUGCCUUCUGCUGCUGCCCUGAUCAUUAGAGCUUUAAAAGAACCCCCACGUGACCGCAAGAAGCAAAAGAACAUUAAGCACAGUGGAAACAUCACAUUGGAAGAUGUCAUUGGUAUUGCUAAAGUCAUGAGAGCCAGGUCAAUGGCACGUUAUCUGUCCGGAACAGUCAAAGAAAUCCUUGGUACAUCUCAAUCUGUUGGCUGCACAAUAGAUGGUAGACCACCACAUGACCUUAUUAAUGACAUCAACAGUGGUGCUCUUACUAUUGAUGAAUAA